AUUUUUCAGACCUUAUAUUCUGUUCGUAAUACGGAGCGACCUCUCUGCCGGUGGCGAUCAUUGGAAACCAUGAGCCGCUCGCAAAUUACAACACGCUGCGAGAAGCGUCGAGAGAAUUGCGAUCUGGAGUUGCGCGGGUGAAGAGCUCGAUAGAGUCCAGAGGAGGAGGGUCCACUUUACGUAUGUGGAGGUCAAGUCUCGAGCCAUGAAGGGACAUUGUUGCGUUCUUGUCGUGGUCCUGUUCUUGGCGAGCUUGAACUUGAGCUGGUGUCGACGAGUGCAGCUGCUGGACUCAGCAGCUCAAGAAAUCGGGUCGUUAAAACAUUCAGAUGUCGAUUACGACGAAGGGUAUGCAGUGCGGACUGUUCUGGAUAAUUUGAAAGUGAAUGUGUCUAUUUACAGCAUAUUCGCAGUUCCAGGGACAAAUUUUGUUUAUGCCCUCGAUAAGGAGGCCAGUCAAGUUCUCAAACUUAUCCUACCUAUCGAACAAGACACUGUGAUUGGUCAAUAUGCUGGAUCAAAAGAUGGCGAAGCGGGGCAUAGGGAUGGCUGGGGCAAGUACUCAAUGUUUAAUCACCCAGGUGACCUUGCUGUCGAUGACGAUGGCAAUGUUUAUGUGGCCGAUGUCAUGAACUACGUCAUAAGGAAGAUAGACCAGAAAGGCAUGGUUUACACGAUUGCCGGAGAAUCAAAUGUUUCUGGCUAUGCUGAUGGCGUGGGCAAGAGCGCACGUUUUUCUUCCAACUUCGGUUUAACGUACAUACCAAGCAUGUGUUCGCUCCUCGUCUCGGAUAGAGGAAACAAAAGGCUCCGCCUCAUUCAGCUCAAGGCACCAGAAGCAUGCGAGCGAAAAAAUAACUCGAGUGGUUUCUCUGUGGGGCUUGAAGGACUAUUCUUCAUUAUCGGCUCAACUAUGGUGAUCUCGGCGCUUGGUGUGCUAACCUUCAAAAAUGUGAAGCUUAGAGAAAGGCUCGUCGGGCUGCAACUGGGUAAUAGGUUAAUGUGGAGACGUGGCAACGGUCUAUAUACACCCCUGCAAAACAAUGGACUGCCACAGCUGAUGGCAAAUGGCAUGCAACCGGGAAUGCAAACUUCAAGUCUACCUGCUAACCUCGGUGAGCGACUCCCUGAUCUGAUUGACUUUUCCGUCAGCACUCCCGCAGCAAAUAGACCACAUCAUCAUGCGUUUAUUCUGGACAAUGAAAACUCCUGCAUUGAAUCGAAUGAUCCUUCUACAUCUUCACCAAGUAAUUUGGGAUCACUAGCUUACACACAGAGUGCACCGGCUACACUUGAAUACAAUCAAGACGAGUUUGAGGAUGAUCAGAGAUUGGUGCGAAAUACGGAAAGUCGUGGAAGUAGGGAGUAGCUGGAGAAAUGUACACUUAAUGUUUCGGCAACUAUGGCCCUUCCAAGUCAAUAUCUCAGAUACAAAGGUUGUAAAUUUACACAGCAAUGACUUUUACACAAGUUUUCUCUCUACCAGUAGUAAGAGAGCUUCUGAGCUUUGCGGUACCUCCCAUCGAGUUAUUCUCGUGGAUGCAAUUGUCAAUGUACAAGUCCAAUCACGCCGGGCGGAUGGAAGCUGCAUUUUGUACUGUUUUGGAAUCUAAAUCUACAUUAUAUGGUGUACUUCAAAACAAAUCCAUUGUUGAAACAGUAUGUGCGAAAAUAACUUUAGCAGGACUAAGAGCAAAGCUCAGAAUUAUAUAACAUCUCCUUAAAAAGUUAGAGAAACUAACAUACUGAACUGUAGCAGAUAGUUGUUUCAAAAUAUGAUUAUGCUGGCCCCGAACACAACUGGAUGGUGUACGAAUGUGGAAAGUGCCACGGAGAGUUGUAGUAAGUCACAAGCGAAGACUAAAGAUUUGUACAUCGUAGUUACUACUUUAUCACAAAAACG